AUGCCUCCAACCAUACCAUCACGCGGCGGUCCUUCGGGACUGAAACACCGUCAGUCUGUAGGCGGCAAGUCUGUCUUGAGCGGCAACCCAGGCGGAAAAGGCAAAGGCGGCGUGGGCGUUAAGCGCCACAGACGUCUGGCCCGUCGUGGCGGUGUCAAGCGUAUCUCCGCUGGCAUCUACGAUGACAUUAGGGCCGCGCUGAAGGAACGGCUUCAGAUGAUCCUGCGUGACUGUAUCACAUAUACCGAGCACAGGCACGCAAAGACGGUCACCGUCACCGACGUCAUCUUCGCGCUCCGCCGUAUCGGCAAGCCCAUUUACGGCUUUGAUCCCGAGACCUGGGAGCCCCUCGCACGCGGCGCCCACCGUCGCGCCCUCACCCAGGGUAGUCAGGCCGGCCACGGCGGCCGCGACGCUAAUCGCCGCGGCGGCGAGGACGACUCCGAGUAA